GGAUAUUGUGGGUUGUAUAAAAGAAGUACACAACGUCGUGAUAGAAACUAAUUGUGGAGAGUAAUUGGCAUUUGAAGGAACGCUGAACUUGGUUCGCAAAACCGUAACAAGAUGAACAGACUGUCCUCCAUGUUUUUGGCUUUUGCCAUUUUUCAAUGCUCGUUCGUCUUCAGUGCUGCUGACAUCAAUUUAGGUGUUAGCGAUUUCAAAUGCCCAACAGGCCACAGCAUCUACCCUCAUCCUCAGCGGUGCGAACUUUACUACACCUGUUACAACACAGAACCCACUUACCUGUGGCAAUGUAGAUCCAACUUGCUAUUUGACCUCGUCUACGACGGCUGCAACUGGCCGGAACAAACGUACUGCGGAAAUCGUACUCGACCCGGUGAUACGGCCACAAGCAUUCAGCCUGUGCCUACAGCAUCAACAGCUAUUCAUUCUAGCCUGAGGCCUUUUACGUGCCCCGAUGAUGGAUUUUAUCCGGAGUACACGGACCGUUGCAGUUCCCAUUUCUACACUUGUCUCGACGGUCAAGCUUUUUCUACUUAUUGCCCAUCUUACGGAGUCUUCGAGCCAGUCAAUAGACGAUGCGUUUCACCAAACGCUCUGGCGUGCAAAAGUGCGUCGUCAACAACUAGAAAAACAACAUUUCCAACGCUUGAACUCACGUCGGCAUCCGCGACCAAAACUGAUGCUCCUGUCACAGUAACAGUUCCGCCAACAACAAUGAUCCCCAAAACAACUCAAGGAGGUUCAUUUGUCUGCCCUGGAAACGGAACUUACCCGGACCCAGCUCAAUGUUCAAAUUACUACGUGUGUGACAACGGCACCGCCUUCCUUUUCGCUUGUCCGACUGGCCUUGUCUUCAAUCCAGCUGGUAGCGUUUGCGAUUGGCCCAGCAACGUCCCCGGCUGCAAUGCUAAAUAAAUGACGACGCCAUUUUUCUAAUAAGAAGUUUUUCCACCACUGAUGCAAAACAAUCAAACUUUGUUUUGAUCCGCUUAUUAUGUGUGUCCUCAAUAUAAACAUUUUAAAUGCAAUUAUGAUGUUAAUUUUUAGCAUUAUCCAAUUGGUUUGUUAUACAACUGGUAUAUUGUGAACGUAGCUUAAUAUGAUGCCUAUGUUUCACAGUUGCUUUUAUUUCUAUAUGAGUAGGUAUGUCAUGUGAUAUUACGAAUAAAAUGAUGAAAGUCCUAA